AGAGUAGGCUGGCUCGUCCCUCCUGCAUAUCGUAAUAGUACAGCCCAAUCCGAGACGUCUCCCAUAGUGGGGACGGUACCAAUGGUGUGAAAGAGGGGGAAGUGUUGCCUCCGGUCUGCUUACUUAGGGUCUCACCAAGGGCUCAGUCCGCAGAGCAUUUCUCAGCAGCAAAGAGAGAGAGACUGUCUGGGGUGUCGAGGUACGGAAGGAAGGAGGGCAGCGGGCGAUUUUCCUUCCCCUUUGUGACAUUGGCAAGGAGUUGGGGCUGCUUUCCUCCUUAACAGGGCAAGAUGGCAGCUCGGCGUGCAAUAAAAGCGGUCUUGGUGGAUCUCAGUGGUACGCUUCAUAUAGAAGACUCAGCUGUGCCGGGAGCCCAGGAAGCUCUUAAAAAGUUGCGCUCUGCUCCUGUGGCCGUCCGGUUUGUGACGAACACGACCAAGGAAUGCAAACAAGAUUUGCUGGAGAGGCUGAAGCAACUGGACUUUGACAUUAAGGAAGACGAGAUCUUCACAUCUCUGACGGCAGCCCGAAAUUUGUUGGAGCAGAAAAAGGUCCGGCCUUUGUUGAUGGUGGAGAAAAAUGCUUUGCGUGAUUUUACAGGCCUAGACACAAGCGAUCCGAAUGCUGUGGUGAUUGGGUUGGCUCCUGACCAGUUCAACUAUCAAACUAUGAACAAAGCUUUCAGGUUGGUGCUGGACGGGGCUCCCCUCAUAGCUAUUCACAAAGCAAGGUAUUACAAGAAGAAAGAUGGCCUUGCCCUCGGCCCAGGACCCUUUGUGGCCGGCCUGGAGUAUGCCACUGACCAGGCGGCCACAGUGGUGGGGAAGCCAGAGCAGACAUUUUUCCUGGAGGCUUUGCGUGGGACCAACUGUGGACCCGAGGAAGCUGUCAUGAUUGGUGACGACUGCAGGGAUGACGUUGGAGGUGCCCAGAACGCUGGCAUGCUGGGAAUACUGGUAAAGACUGGGAAAUACCGAGAUGCCGAUGAAGGAAAAAUUCACCCACCCCCCUACUUAAUCUGCGAGAGCUUUCCCCACGCCGUGGAGCACAUCCUCCAGCAUCUGCUGUGAAGAAGCACCGCAACUUUUGAAACCUCACCUUCCGGUGCCGCAAAAUGAAAUGGCCCAACGGCGGCAUUCCACGCAGAGCGUUGGGGCUUCCUUGGUGCAUCGCUGCUGGACUCCACCCUUUUGGGGACUGAAUGUUCCCAAACAUUCAGUUUGAUGAUGGAAUGAAUGCUCUCACUGUGAAAAUGGCUUCCCACACCCCAAAAAUGUUACCCUGUCCAACAGGAGCCUGUGCCCAACCUUGCUUGGUCCCUGAAGGCAAAGAGGGGAAUUUGUGAGGUUGAAUAAGGAAGGAAGUACGUGACUCGCCCUUAUAGAUUGCUCAGAAUCACCUCAAAAAUGUGAGAUGGGUGGCAAAUAAAUUUGAUAAUAAUAUUAUAUUGCCAGUGGAGUUGGUCUGUUACUGCAUGACUGUCCACCUUCGUGGAAAGGAGAAAAAGUGUGCCUGGUGCCCAGACCUUGCUAACAUACCGUGGACUCACCUACCCUUCCCACUGAUGCACUAACCCGGCAGUUUCUCAUUAUUUGAAAAUCUUGUAUAGCAGAAAAUGGGCACAAUUUUAAGGUUCUUCCUUAGGCAAAGACAGUUGGCAUCUUUCCAUGUGGGCUGCUUUAAUGAAGACGUCCGUCCAAGCCAGUGAGUUUCAUGUAUGUUUGGAAAUAAAAGUUUUGCCUGGCUUCUAAUGACGAGUAGGUGAGAACUUGUUUUAAAAGGAAUUAUUUUAGAAACUAAAAGGAGUAGAAGUUGACGUGAUGUCGUUGGUUUUGUCAGGUCUCUGAGUGUGUUUUGCUUUUUUUUUUUUUUUUGCUGGAAAACAUUUAACUUCCAGUUCUUUGCAA